AUGACAAAACUGACGCAACAUUCCGCACCUAUCAUACUGCAUUCAUCCUCGACAGCUGCGAAGAAAGCAGCAGCAAGUGCGUCAACGCCGGCGUCCGGAACGUCGACGCCAUUGCACCGCAAAGCAGCGGUGGGGCAGGCCGCCAAAGCGGCCGCAUCCGGCGGCGCCAAGCAGGGCGGUACGAGUGUGAGCCAGCUGCGCAACGAGAUCGAGUCGCUCGGCAUCCACGCGGGCAGCAAAGCGGCCUCGUCCGCAGGCUCGGCAAGCAGCGCUAUCCAGAGCGCCGUCACAACGCCUGUUGGCAUCGCGCACGAGCGCAUCAUCGACGAGUACCGGCGGCGCGAAAGGGAGGGCAAGGCGGAGCUGAGCCUGGUGGUCGUCGGCCAUGUGGAUGCGGGCAAGUCGACGUUGAUGGGACGCAUGCUGCUGGAGCUCGGGUCGUUGUCGCAGCGUGAGUACUCGAGCAACGAGCGUGCGUCGCAGAAGAUCGGCAAGGGCAGCUUUGCGUACGCAUGGGCGCUCGACUCUUCCGAGGAAGAACGCGAGCGUGGCGUGACGAUUGAUGUGGCGCAAGACCAUUUUUCCACGACGCACCGCACGUUUACGCUGCUCGAUGCGCCCGGGCACCGCGACUUUAUCCCCAACAUGAUCUCGGGUGCGGCGCAAGCGGAUUCGGCGCUGCUCGUCGUCGACUCGAUCCUGGGCGCCUUUGAGGCCGGAUUCGGCCCCAACGGUCAGACGCGCGAGCAUGCGCUGCUGGUGCGCAGCUUGGGCGUCCAGCAGCUCGUCGUCGUCGUCAACAAGCUCGACGCGGUCGGGUACAGCCAGGAGCGCUACAACGAGAUCGUGACCAAGGUCAAGCCGUUCCUCACCUCGUGUGGAUUCGAUGCGGCCAAGCUCCGGUUCGUGCCGUGCGGCGGAUCGGUGGGCGAGAAUCUGGCGGUGAGGGAGGAGGGCGGCGAUCUGUCAAAGUGGUACGACGGACCGACACUCGUCGAGGUGCUCGACAAGCUCGAGCCGCCCGCGCGGCUGCUGGAUGGACCGCUGCGCCUGCCCGUGACCAACGUGUUCAAAGGCCAGACGGCGAUCGCGUCGGGCGUGGGCGUGUCGGGCCGAGUCGUAUCUGGAAUCGUGCAGAUUGGCGACCGACUGCGACCGGUGCCCGGCGACGAGUCGGGCAUGGUGCGCGCGAUCGAGGUCGACUCCGAGGCGGUUCCGUGGGCGGUGGCGGGAGCCAAUGCGACCGUAUACCUCAGCGGAAUUGACCAGAUCCAGAUCGCGGUUGGUGCGGUGCUGUGCUCGUCGUCGCAGCCGAUUGCGCUGUGCGACUCGUUCACGGCGCAGGUGCUCGUUUUUGAGCCCACGUACCCGCUCGUGGCGGGCACGAGCAUCGAGCUCUUCCACCACAGCGCCAACAUCCCCGCCACACUCACCGAGCUCGUAGCCAUCCUGGACAAGACGACGGGCGCAGUCGCCAAGGCCAAGCCGCGUGUGCUCACCAAAGGCUCCACGGCCAUCGUGCGCGUGGCGGUCAAGGCGGGCGGAGCAGCGGGCCAGAGCAGCGGCAUCCCCAUCGAAGAUGCCAAGAGCAACAAGGAGAUGGCGCGCGUGCUCAUGCGCAUGAACGGCGAAACCGUCGCGGCGGGCAUUGUGAUGGAAGCACACUCAGCUAGCGCACGGGUGCAGGUGUAA